AACAAUAAAAAGCUGUCUAGGAUAACGCGUGAAAGCAAAGUGUUCUUCCAUACCCCAGGGAUGUGGAGGCAGUUUACUCUUCCCUUAAAGACUGGUCUUCUGUGACCUGAGAAGAAAGACUUUCUGAAGGCUGUUAGAAGAGAAUACUUUUAGGAACUAGGCUUCUUCUAGACUGAAAGCCAAGCGUUACCUCAUUAGUUUUUUUUAUUUUGAGAACGUAAAGGAACAGAUUUUUUGACAACCAUAAAAGGGACAGCUUAGAAAAAUCCAAUUCAGAAGAUGUCAAUGAACAACUCUUCCAAUGUAUUCCUGGAUGCGACUCCCAGUCAUCCAAAUCGUUUUCAAGUUAAUGUAAUUAAUGAAAGCCAUGAAAGCAGCACAGCUGCUGAUGGCAAUCAUGACCCUCCACAUUAUGAAGAAACAUCCUUUGUUGAUGAAGCCCAGAAGAGAUUGAGGAUCAGCUUUAGGCUUGGGAAUCAGGAGUUAUAUGACAAUUUUCACCAAAAUGGAGAAACUGAUAAAACAGAUGCGGGUUUUCAUGCCUACGAUUCUCAUACCAACACAUAUUACCUACAAACCUUUGGCCACAACACCAUGGAUGCAGUUCCCAAGAUUGAUUACUACCGUAACACUGGCAGCAUCAGUGGUGCCAAAAUGAACAGACCCAGCUUAUAUGACAUACACGAACAACUUGCCAAGAAUGUGGCUGUGACCUCGGGCUCCACUGACAGAGUUGCUAAUGGAGAUGGGAUGACUGGUGAGGAACAAACUGAAAACAAAGAGGAAGACCCUAAUGCAGGCACUGUGAAGUUUGGAUGGGUGAAAGGUGUGCUGGUGAGAUGCAUGCUGAACAUCUGGGGAGUGAUGCUUUUCAUUCGCCUCUCCUGGAUUGUAGGGGAAGCUGGAAUCGGUCUUGGCGUCCUCAUAAUUCUUCUUUCCACCAUGGUAACCUCUAUUACUGGGUUGUCAACUUCUGCAAUAGCAACUAACGGGUUUGUACGUGGAGGUGGGGCCUACUAUCUCAUUUCAAGAAGCUUAGGGCCAGAAUUUGGUGGCUCCAUAGGCUUGAUCUUUGCUUUUGCCAAUGCAGUGGCUGUCGCCAUGUAUGUAGUUGGAUUCGCCGAGACCGUGGUUGACCUUCUUGCGGAGAGCAACUCAAUGAUGGUGGAUAAAACCAAUGACAUCAGAAUAAUAGGCUCCAUUACGGUGGUGAUUCUUUUAGGCAUUUCAGUGGCUGGAAUGGAAUGGGAAGCCAAGGCUCAAGUGAUACUUCUUGUUAUCCUUCUCAUUGCAAUUGCAAAUUUCUUCAUUGGAACUGUCAUUCCCUCCAACCAUGAAAAAAAAUCUAAGGGUUUUUUUAAUUACCAAGCAUCUAUCUUUGCUGAAAACUUUGGACCAAACUUCACAGAAGGAGAAGGUUUCUUCUCUGUCUUUGCCAUAUUUUUCCCAGCAGCUACUGGCAUUCUUGCUGGAGCUAACAUCUCUGGGGAUUUGGAGGACCCACAAGAUGCUAUUCCCCGAGGAACAAUGCUGGCCAUCCUGAUUACCACUGUUGCCUACAUAGGGGUUGCUGUUUGUGUAGGAGCCUCUGUUGUCCGGGAUGCCACUGGAAAUGUGAAUGACACAAUAAUCUCUGGGAUGAGCUGCAAUGGCUCAGCUGCCUGUGGUCUAGGCUAUGAUUUUUCCAGAUGUUUAAACCAAAGAUGUUCAUAUGGGCUGAUGAACAAUUUCCAGGUAAUGAGCAUGGUCUCUGGUUUUGGACCCUUAAUCACCGCUGGAAUCUUUUCUGCAACUCUCUCCUCUGCUCUGGCCUCUCUUGUUAGUGCACCAAAAGUUUUCCAGGCUCUUUGCAAGGACAACAUCUACAAAGCCCUUCAGUUUUUUGCAAAAGGAUAUGGGAAAAACAACGAGCCUCUAAGAGGAUAUAUUCUCACAUUCAUUAUUGCAAUAGCAUUUAUUUUGAUUGCUGAAUUGAAUACCAUUGCUCCCAUCAUCUCCAACUUCUUCUUAGCUUCAUAUGCACUUAUUAACUUCUCCUGUUUUCAUGCAUCUUAUGCAAAAUCUCCAGGCUGGAGACCUGCCUAUGGAAUUUACAACAUGUGGGUAUCACUUUUUGGAGCCAUAUUGUGCUGUGGAGUAAUGUUUGUCAUCAAUUGGUGGGCAGCUGUUAUCACCUAUGUUAUUGAGUUCUUCCUCUAUAUCUAUGUGACGUACAAAAAGCCAGAUGUGAACUGGGGAUCUUCUACUCAAGCUCUUUCCUACGUGAGUGCUUUAGACAAUGCUCUGGAAUUAACCACUGUAGAAGAUCACGUAAAAAAUUUCAGACCCCAGUGUAUUGUUUUAACUGGUGGACCCAUGACAAGACCUGCUCUAUUAGACAUUACACAUGCAUUUACCAAGAACAGUGGUCUCUGCAUCUGUUGUGAAGUCUACGUGGGACCUCGCAAGGAGUGUGUGAAGGAGAUGAACAGCAGCAUGGCAAAGAAGCAGGCCUGGCUUCUCAAGAACAAAAUUAAGGCUUUCUACACUGCAGUAGCGGCAGACUGCUUUAGGGAUGGCGUCAGAAGUCUCCUUCAGGCCUCGGGCUUGGGCAGAAUGAAACCAAACACUAUGGUGAUCGGAUUUAAAAAAAACUGGAGGAAAGCUCCCUCUGCAGAGAUUGAGAACUAUGUGGGAAUUAUACAUGAUGCCUUUGACUUUGAGAUUGGUGUGGUAAUUGUCAGAAUCAGCCAAGGAUUUGAUAUCUCUCAGGUUCUGCAAGUACAAGAUGAAUUAGAAAAAUUAGAACAAGAGAGACUGGCAUUAGAAGCCACAAUUAAAAAUAAUGAGAGUGAAGAAGGAAGUAAAGGGAUCCGGGGACUGUUCAAAAAGGCUGGGAAGUUGAAUAUCAUCAAGCAAGUUCCCAAAAAAGACAGUGGCAUUAACACAAUCCAAUCAAUGCAUGUGGGAGAGUUCAAUCAGAGACUGGUGGAAGCCAGCACUCAAUUUAAAAAGAAGCAAGGCAAAGGCACCAUUGAUGUUUGGUGGUUGUUUGAUGAUGGAGGGUUAACACUCCUAAUCCCCUAUAUCCUGACUCUCAGGAAAAAAUGGAAAGACUGCAAAUUAAGGAUUUAUGUUGGAGGCAAGAUAAACCGUAUUGAAGAAGAAAAAAUAGCGAUGGCUUCACUUUUGAGCAAAUUUAGAAUAAAAUUUGCAGACAUCCAUAUCAUUGGUGACAUCAAUAUUAAACCAAACAAAGAAAGUUGGAAAUUCUUUGAAGAGAUGAUUGAACCAUACUGUCUUCAUGAAAGCUGUAAAGAUUUAACAACUGCUGAGAAAUUAAAAAGAGAAACUCCAUGGAAAAUUACAGAUUCAGAACUGGAAGCAUUCAAGGAAAAGAGUUAUCGCCAAGUCCGAUUGAAUGAACUCUUACAGGAACACUCAAGAGCUGCUAAUCUCAUUGUCCUGAGUCUUCCAGUGGCUAGAAAAGCCACUAUUUCGGAUAUCUUAUACAUGGCCUGGCUAGAAAUCCUCACAAAGAACCUCCCUCCUGUCCUGCUGGUUAGAGGAAAUCACAAAAAUGUCCUAACUUUCUAUUCGUAAUAAACAAAAGAUUCAAACACAAUUCAUUUUAAUAUGUGAAGGGCAAUAUGAAGUACUUCAUGUUCCAAAUCUGAUCUCAAGAAACUUGCUAAGACUAUUCUACUGAUCUACAACCAACUCUGUCACCAUUUUUUAAACUUAUUUAUAAAACCUAAAUAAUGUAAACUUAUCUGUUAAAAGUGACACCAGAAUCAAGAAUAGCCUGAUCCCAGGCAAAUGUCAUCACUGCUGUCAAUAUAUGAAUAAGGA